AACAUCUCACACAACAAACUCAGCACAAUUUCUCUUUAUACUCAGAUUCAUCUUAGUUUCAAGCCCUUUAAUUUAAUUUCAGCUCUAUGCUUCAACUUUGAUUAGUUUAGCAAUUCGGUUCUUUUUUUGUCGAAUUUGUAAUGGGCAUUUUGUCUAUAACCCAUUUAGUGCAGGAGGUUCAUCCCUCGUUUCUGCCAAUCGUCUGAUCUUUAAGGUGCAAUUAACGGCGUUCUUCCAUCAACUCACAAGCUGAGUUCCACGCUUGGAAAGAAGAGAGGGUUGUCGGAGAAAUCUUUCUUGUUUUGAGCAAAGCAAGUGGCACGCCAUUUCAUCUGCCACGUGUCAAGGAGAUUUUUUGGGAUAACAAUCUCUUUUUGGCACGCCCGGUGGGACCUCCUGCUGGCGAUUGUCUAUCAAGAAAAGUUCUUUGAUCCACUCUUUUCUUUUCCUGGGCAUGAAGCAGCCAUAGCCAUGCUUAGGAGAGUUGGAAAAGAAGUUGCACAACAAGUGGAAGUGGCUCCUGUGAGUCCAAGACAUUUUGAAGGUGAAAAUAGUCCGAAGCAUCUUCCACCUAUUUCUCCCUUAGCCGAUCGCUCAUAUGGCAAUCCCAUAUAUCGCAAUGAUGAUGAGGAGAAAGUUGAUUCUACUGAGUCAAGCAAUAAAAUAUCUCAAGAACUUCAGCAGAUAAGGAAGCUACAAGAAGAAGCCAAUCAGAACAUGGAGCGCAGUCUACAAAGCUUUCUACAAGCCCAACGACAACAUUCAGAUCAUUUCACUCAAUGUUUGAAUGUUAUUGAAAGGGCCAUUCAUGACAAUUCUCGAGCUAUUCGAGAAGAAGUAGCAGAAAGUCGUAGAACCUUCACUGCAGUUUCUGAGAGAACCAUGGAACAUGUUCGACAGCAGCAAAAUGUUCCAAGGCAACCCGUGCCUCGAGCAAUGGAAUUGCCACAGCAAAAUCUUCCAGAUCCUUUGCCUGGGGGGCAUAUUAAUCAGCCACAGUUCAAUAGGCAGCAGCAAAACAAUCCUGCUAGUGGCAUCCUUGGACCACAAGAUCCUGUGGAAGCAGCAUUCCGUGCAGCUAAGCAACUCAACGCCAAUCAACAAAGAUAUGUACCUCCUGCACGUCGUCCAAAUGCAGCCCCACAGCCCAACUUCCAGAAUAAUGCCUUUCAACCAUUAGGGCUGCAAGCAACACCCCCUCCCUUGGAUAGAAAUCAACUGAUUGAUCUAGUCCAGGAGACAUAUGGUCCAGCUUUAAGACCAUUGGUUUGUCCUUCCUAUCACAAGCCGUAUCCAGAUUACAUAGAUCGAGAUAAUCCAUUUCCUCGUGGAUUCAAAGUGCCUGAAUUUACUUUGUUUUCUGGGGACGCGAGUCAGUCAACCAUUGAACACAUUGGUAGGUUCACUAUUCAAUGUGGGGAGGCAUUGGGUGAUGAUUUUUUGAAGUUGAGACUCUUCCCAAGUUCUUUAACUGGUACUGCACUGACAUGGUACCUAAGUCUGUCGCAAAAUUCUGUGUUCACCUGGAGACAAAUAGAAGAUUUGUUUCAUAUUCAAUUCUACCACUCAGAGCCUGAGAUAUCCAUGGCUGAUCUUUCUAGACUGACUCAACGGCUAAGGGAAUCUUCAGAAAAUUAUCUUAUGCGGUUUAGAAAAGCCCAGAUGAAGUGCCAUGUUGCCUUACCAGAGCAAGAGUUCGUGAAGCUUGCACAGAAUGGUUUAGACAUUGAACUUCGAAAGAAGUUUGAGGGGAUGGAAUUCAGAGACUUCUUUGAGCUCUCUUAUAAGGUGGCACGUUAUGAGAACCUUUUAAGAGAGGAAUCCCAAAGAAAGGCAGCGUCGCAAGGAACUUAUUAUCAGGAUGCUUUUGACCUUGAUGUUGCCGAGGUCUUUGCAGACAAGCCAGUAACUUGUCCUAAUCUAGUGAAAGUCACUCAACAAGUUGAGGCGGCUGCAAAGCGUCUCCCGUAUGAAUCUGGGAGACAAUAUACAUUUGAUGUGACUAAAGCAAAUGAAAUCUUUGAUUAUCUGAAAAAGUCAGGACAUAUUAAGUUGCCGCAGGGGCAUAGGCUCCCGACGGACAAGAUUGACAAAGGGUUGCUUCGUUUCCUUGAAAAACCUAAGGAAGCCAUGGGGAUUGAUGAGAAUCCUUUUCCGAACAUUGAUGUUGGAGUUAAUGUUGCUGACAUAAGGAGCAUCUCUCAAAGGACGUAUAAAGGGCGAACUUUGGCUGCAGAUGACCUUCGUUGGGUGAUUGAGAAGGAAAGGGAACGUCGUGCCCAACAGAAUCAGAGGCUCGGGGGGCAACACCAUGCUGCCAGAAUCUAUGCGGCUGGAUCCAAGAUGAAGGAGGCUCGACAUACAGAUCGCUCUCGUAUGGUUAAGCCUCCACAGCGACCUCCAAGUAGAAGGUGGGAGAAGGUCGUGCAUCCCAAGUUUCCAAAAGAACCUGUGAGAAAUCCUAGAACUUUGAGAAGAAGGUUGCAGCAAAAGCGAGCAGAGGCACAUCGUCAUCAACAAUUAGCUACUGAGGAAGUUAAGGUUCCACAACGUUCUCUCGCAAAGGGAAGGAUGGUGUGGAAGAGAAAAGAGAGUCAAGAGGUUGCUGUCCAGAAUGAAUCUCAGCCGAAGGUGCCACCUCCUAAGCUCACCUCAUUGAUCAUUAAUGAAAAUGAGUUGAAGGCAACCUUUGAAGCAGAUCAGCAAGCAGAGUUGACUAGGGAUGAUAAUUUUCUUGAGGACAUGGAUGUUCUGCAGAUUGGCAGCAUCUCUAUUAAUCUCUCUUGUUUGGUUCUCACGCUUCCUUUGGUUUUUCAAGCCAAGGGCAGCGAGACUACCCAUGUUUCCAAUGGCAGCAUGCUUGUUGAGGAAGAAGUGAUAGAGCCACUCUACAUUUCAGCUCACAUGGAUGGAGUUCCAGUGAAUCGAGUCCUUGUUGACAAUGGAGCAGCAGUCAACGUCAUACCUUCUUUUAUGCUGAGGAAUUUGGGUAAAAAUUCUGAGGACUGGGUUUAUACUGAUGUAACCAUCAGUGAUUUCACAGGUGGUGUUAGCAAAUCAAAAGGAGUGCUGCUGGUUGCACUUACUGUCGGCAGCAAGACGUCAAUGAGUGCUUUCUUUGUUGUAGACUCUUCUGCAACUUAUAAUGCAUUAUUGGGACGUGAUUGGAUCCAUUCGAAUUGGUGUGUUCCAUCUACUCUCCAUCAAAGACUCAUUUUUUGGAAUGGAGGCAAGACUGAGGUGGUUUAUGCUGACAACAGACCAUUCUUAACCAAUUCCAAUAUGGCGGAAGCACGGUACUAUGAUGAAGACGUAGGAACCAUUCGUUUCUUUGGCAUGGAUAGACAAGGAAGACCUCGUGGAAUCAGUGCUUGCAACAAGCCUACCCUGACUAAGUAUGUGGUUGACGAGAAAUCCAAGAUAAGCAAAGAGAGAAGGGAGGCCGUAUCUGAAAUUCUAAAGAAAUUAGCGGCCUAUUUUGCUGAAAGAAAUACAGAACCAAAUCUGUCGGAGGUGGUACAUGAAGGUGAGGAGGACACCCAUACCGAUGGAAUCACAAUGGAAGAGUUAGAUCUGGCCCCUGCAAAGCUAGAUGACCUCAGGGCCAAUGUACAAGAUCCAUUGAAGAAAGUUAAUCUGGGAACGGAGGCAGAGCCACGCAUUACUUUUUUCAGUGGCUUGCUACCGCCAGAGAUGCGAGAUAAAAUAAUUUGUUUACCACAUGAAUUCAAAGACUGCUUUGCCUGGGAUUAUUCUGAGAUGCCAGGUUUAGACCGAGAGUUGGUAGAACAUAGACUACCAAUCAACAAAGGAUAUAAGCCGUACAAACAGCCGCCACGCCGUAUGUCUCCAGAAGUGAUUUUGAAAGUGAAGGAAGAAGUGGAGCGGCUGCAUAAAGUUGGUUUUAUACGGACAGCCAGGUACUCAGAAUGGUUGUCUAAUAUUGUUCCAAUAGUGAAGAAGAAUGGAAAGCUCAGAGUCUGCAUUGAUUUUCGAAACUUAAAUCUAGUCACACCGAAGGAUGAAUACCCCAUGCCAGUAGCAGAUUUACUUGUUGAUGGGGUUGCACGCCAUCGCAUUUUAUCUUUUAUGGAUGGGUAUAGUGGCUAUAAUCAGAUCUUUAUUGCAGAGGAAGACAUAAGUAAAACGGCGUUUCGUUGCCCUGGAAACAUAGGUACGUAUGAAUGGGUCGUGAUGCCGUUUGGGUUGAAAAAUGCAGGAGCUACAUAUCAACGGGCCAUGAAUGCAAUUUUCCAUGAUAUGAUUGGCCGCUUCAUGGAGAUUUAUAUCGAUGAUGUUGUUGUUAAAUCCAUGGAGGAUGAAGAACAUUUGGAGCACUUGAGGAAAGCUUUUGAAAGAAUGCGACAGCAUGGUUUGAAGAUGAAUCCUCUCAAGUGUGCUUUUGGUGUUAUAGCAGGGAAUUUUUUGGGUUUUUUGGUCCAUGAACGAGGCCUAGAGCCUGAUGCAGAUUUUAAAUGGGAGAGGCAGCACCAAGCCGCCUUUGAUGCCAUCAAGGAAUACUUGUCCAAGACACCCGUGUUGGUUCCUCCAGUUAAGAAUAAACCCUUAUUGCUGUAUAUAUCCGCCGCAGAUGAGUCAAUUGGCUGUCUGCUGGCGCAAGAGAAUAAUAAUAAACAAGAACAAACUGUUUAUUAUUUGAGUAGAGCUUUGAAUCCAACCGAAGUGAAAUAUUCUUCGGUUGAGAAAUUGUGUUUGGCUUUGUUCUUUGCAGCAAUAAAAUUGAGGCACUAUUUAUUGUAUUCGGAGGUGUUUGUUGUUUCAAAAACUGAUGUCAUAAAAUAUAUGCUGUCGCGGCCACUCUUAAGAGGCCGCAUUGGUAAGUGGAUUCUUGCACUUACUGAAUUUAAUCUAAGAUAUUUGCCUCAAAAAGCCGUCAAAGGACAGGCUUUAGCAGACUUCUUAGCAGAUCAUCCUUGUUUAGAUGUUAACGCUGAUGAAGACAAGGGAAUCAAUCUCUUUUCGAUUGACUUGGUUCCUUGGAGGCUUAUUUUCUAUGGGUCUAGCACUGAUCGAGCCUCUGGGGCUGGGAUUAUUAUUGUUUCUCCAGAUGGCAUAAAACCCAAUGAGUUGAAGGUGCCAUCGGUUGAAAUUGUGGGUGAUUCUCAAUUAGUUCUCAAGCAAUUGAGUGGCAAAUACAAGUGUACAAGCGUGGUUUUGUCUCCAUAUUUUGCCACUGCCAUCCAACUACUAGAGGAAUUUGAUGAUGUCUCCCUAAAGCAUAUUCCUCGCAACAUGAAUAUUGAAGCAAAUGAACUCGCGCAGAUUGCUUCAGGUGUCAAAAUGCUUGAAGGCAUCUUGGAGAAAGUCGUCGUAAUUGAAAAACGUAUACUGCCUUCAAUUCAUCAAAGAGGAAUAAUGGUGGAAGCAUGCUCACUAGAUGUCACACCUACAGACUGGAGGCAUCCAAUAAUUGAACAUUUGAGGAAUCCCAGUUCUAAAACAUCAAGGAGAACGAGGAUGCAAACUUUAAACUAUGUGCUACUUGGGGAUGUUCUGUAUCGUAGGGGGCAGGAUGAAUUAUUAUUGCGCUGCCUCGGUCUUGAUGAAAGUUACCAUGUGAUGUCGAAUGUUCAUAAUGAUAUAAAGAAACCGAAACGUACCAUUCUGGAGAUAAGGCCCGUAUUUAGUCGCGGAAAGGUGCAUCUUGAUGUCGUCGAGGGUCUCGCACUGGCCGAGGUUGUUGUAAUUGGCAGCAGUGAGGAGGCCGGCUCCUGGGUGCGAACCCGCGAGCUGGUCGCGAACCCAGGCUCCUGGGAUUGCAUCAAUUAUGCGAAGGGCUGCAGAGCUUAUCAGCUGCAUGGUCCUUUGCAGCGAGCGCCAGCUUCUGAGUUACAUCCUAUUGUCAAGCCAUGGCCUUUUCGUGGCUUGGCAAUUGAUUUGAUUGGGAAAAUCUAUCCACCUUCUUCUAAAGGUCAUUCUUUCAUAAUAGUUGCUACAGACUACUUUACUAAGUGGGUGGAGGCAAGGCCUAUGAAGAAGGUUGAGCAAGGAGAUGUCAUCAAGUUCAUAAAAGAAGAUCCGAUCCACAGAACCUCACAACGGAGUUCAACUAAGGUGACCCCAUUCUCGCUUACUUAUGGUCAUGAUGCUGUCUUGCCUAUGGAAUUAACGGCAAGGUCUCUGCGGAUUGCAAUUCAAAAUGGCUUGAAUUAUGGGGAAUACAAUGAGGCCAUGAUCAUGGAGUUGGAAGACCUUGAGGAAGCAAGGCUGACAGCAUUGGAUGUGAUGAAGGCCCAGAAGCUUAAAGUGGCACGAGCUUACAACAAAAGGGUCAAGCAAAAGAAUUUAGCCGAAGGAAGGUUGGUUUGGAAGGCUGUGCUGCCGCUUGGCAAGAAGGAUCCUAGAUAUGCCUCACUCUUUGCAGCCAAAGCUUCACGUCCUUCUUCCUUGAGCUCAACUAGUAAUUUGCUUCUUUCGGCUUUAAGGGAUUUGAGGCUUCUUCCUUGCUGUAAUUCUCGAGCAGGAAAUUGGCUGGCCAUGGCUGCAAUGGCUUGACAAAGACAAUGCAAAAACUAGAAAAACAGAAAGAGAGAAACGACCGCAAAUCUAUGAUGAUGAUCGUGUUUUAUAAUGAGUUAAAGUCGGCAAGGUUUCUGAGUCCUAAGCUGUGAAGAAUUGCAAUUGUAUCGCAGAAGUUGUAGUCGGCCAUGUUUUUGAUUCCAAAAUGAAGAAGAAAUGUAAACAGCAAAUGGGGACAAAGGCACAAAGAAGUUGAGCACUGUUAUUAAAGUCCUAAAUUUUUG